GUUGUGCAAAAGUCAUCAAUGUCAUCCGACUAACCAAAUCACUGAAGCAAAAUUAAUGAUCCAAGGAAAAUCCUGAAAAUCGUAACCCACUGAAAUUCUGUUAAUAUCUUUCCCCAAAGAUUUAUGCUUCCAAAAAAACUAUAAAGCAAUUCGAUGGCAUCCUCUCGUUUACAGGUAACUGCGCGUCAGUUGUCGAAAACAUUUAAGAAGAAAGGACGAUUUGAAAUUGGGAUUGCGUCAGAGCUUCCACCUGCUUAUAAAAAAUUUUGGCGUGAGUGGAAGGUACUGAAGCCAGCAGCUGUACAUUUCGUUCCUCAAGAAGGGAAGUGGAAACGCGACGAAUUGACUGGUGAAACUUAUCCGAUACAAAAUAUUCCUAUUCCUCUUAAAUUCCCCGCUGAAAUCAAUGAGGGGAUAUGGGGAGGAGAAGCUGUGGUUAAAGGUUUCCAAAAGCGUGAUGAUAGACGACGCAGGGUACCUCACUACUGGGUGCCAGUACUGAAGAGAACUGUAGUAAGAUCUGAAGUUCUCAAUACUCAUCUCUCAGUAACUGUAACGGAUCGAACUAUUAGUCUCAUUAAUGAUCACUAUGGGUUUGACCAUUAUCUACUGAAGACUCCUGCUUGUGAUUUAGUCUCUGUACUAGCAUUGAAACUGAAAAAACAAAUACUAACUGAAUUAAUGAAUGGAUGCCCUAGACACGCUUAUGACCCUAAAAAGCAGAUGGAAAUCUAUGAGGAGUACAAAACAUAUUUAUCAUCAUAUACGCCUGAAGAAAUUGAAUGGUAUGGGCUGACAUGGUAUGAAGCACUGAGCAAAGUGGCAAAGUUAAAAGAAGCUGCUAAUAAACCUAUACCUUUAAAAAAUGUCUACAGAAAAAAUUUAGUAGAAAAGUUAAAAUCUGCAGGAAUUGAAAGUAAAAGUAGUUCUGCUGAUGAAAUAUCGGCUACUACAUCAUGGCUGUCCAAGAUGAAUCCUUUUGGCAAAAAAGAUGAAGCAUAAGUGCGAUCACUAGACAUCUUCAUGUGUUUAAAUAGUUUAUAAAUUGUUGUGUUAAAUAGAAUAUUUAAAAUUCAAAGUAGAUGAUGUUUGAGAAUCA